AUGGAACUGCGGAACAUGAUAUGCUUCUGGUUCACAAUCCGCUCAUUUUGCAGCACCAGAAUCAGCACCUUCGCAGAGUUGGAUGCUGCCAUUUGCAAUGGCAACACCAAAGACCACGAAUUUCGAGAGUUGUUGGAGUCGAGACCAAGUCAACUCGGGGUCUCCAUGCUUCCCUGUGCCCGGAAGGAGGCUGUGGAUCAGGUUCGGGAGCAGGAGGCGGGUGCGAGCAUGGAAGUAGAGAAAGAACGCCUUGCUGUCAGGGAUGCUCGGUGGAGCUUUUUCCAGAGUGCACUCCUUCGAGAUCAAGCGAAGCUUCAACAGGUCCAAUCUGCGCCAGAGCGCUUGGAGGCACUGAAGCACCGCAAGCUCAUGUCUUGGAGGAUUUCCCAAGCUCAAGCAGGAGAACGUGUCAUCAAGGCUUACAAAGACAAAUUUCUUCGAUGCGAUUUAGUUGCCAAAGCUGAGCUGGCACAGCAAAGAAUAAAUGAGUUCCGCCUCUUCGUCGCUCAGAGUGGCAGCUUCAAGGAGUCUGAGAUUCACUGCAUCGUUGUUUGUGACUUGAACGUGCCCGGAGCAAAAUCGACAGAAUCUAUGCAGGAACUCUGCCAGACCAUGCAGUUUUGCAACGACUUGGCACCAACUCGUUCAGUGGCCUUGGUGGAGCUCCCGGAGGUUGCAAAGAAGAGUUCGAAGCGGGGUUUGUGUGAUGAAGAGAGUGACCUUCAGAGUUGCCUUUGGAGCCUUCGCCAGAGCUGCGAUGCCAGGUGGGUGUGCACAUUCGAUGUGCAUCCGGCUGCAGAUGCACAAACAAACCGCAGGCGGUUCAACACUGGACGCCUGGUAUCCAACUUGGACGGUACGAGUGAGAACGUGUUCAUCACAGCCUCUGAACUGGGCUGCUGCGGACGCCCGCUCAUGACCAAUCCCUUGCUGCUCCCAUUGAGCAAAGACCUCAUGAUUCCUGAGAACCUUGAUGUGGAAACUGACCUGAAGGGAGCGGAGAGGCAAAGGCCAUCUCCAGAGACCUGCCAAGCGCAAAAGGGAGUUGACCGCUGGGUCGCUCUCUUGACAUCUCUCCUGACGACAAGCUCAAAUGUCUUGAAGGGAAAACCUGUCAUCGUGUUGUGCCUCACGGGGUACAUCGAAGAUGUUUUCCAGAUGAGACUCAGCAAGACGGAAUUGAAGGGCGGGUUCCAUACCGACAACUUGUUUUAUCAAUCUGUUGGAUGGAUCAACAGCAAGGACACCUUCGGGCAUUCCCGGCUGACUCGCGAGAUCACCGAUGCCUACAUCCAGCGCAAGUUCGAGCACGGUGGCCAAAGGUACUCCGUGGAUGCUCCCGAACUCACUGAGCAGGAAAUCAAUAUCAUCCCCGGUGCCAAGGCUUCGAUGGGCAGCCUGGAUGAGGUGAAAUUUGAGGUUCUCGAGUGCUCCGGGGACAAAAUGCACAUCAAAGCAGAUGAACAUCGGUUUUGGUCGGCUCAAACUGGGGAGCUCAAGACUACAUAUGAUACUUUGAGGGAGAAGCACCUUGCACUCCUUGCGGCCACAACUACGACUACGACUACGAGCUCGGGUACUGAGAGGGCAACAAGUAGUGCUGGGGCAUCCACUGCCGAGAACUCCACAGAUCAGGAUCAAGAGCCACCUGCUUCUGAUUCAAACACUGUUCUGGACUCAUUGUCGAAGCUUGAGCAGGAGAUUGGUGUCCAGUACAAGUGCAACAGCGAGAUCGGACAGGUGGAGUUGAUUGUGGGGAAAGAUGGCAGCAUUUGGCUUUUGGGUGGAGUUGACAAGUCGCUUCCUCGGCAUACUGUCGUGGGCGGUUAUGGAACCGGCCAAUGGGUCAGUGAAGAAGAGAGUGAUCCAGGGGUUCGCUUCGUGAUCACGGACGACAAGGCAUGGAUCCAGCUAGAUGAAAGUUCUUUUGCUGCUGAAGCGCAAGGCUCCUCCACUGUGACCCUCUACAAGUUGCUCAUCCGGGCAGAACGUGAAAAGGGCUUGACAGAACAUCGGUUCAGCUUCCUCGACAUUUCUCGCAAGCAAGACCUCGAGGCUGGACAGGAUGGGUUCAACAUCAAGGUCAAGACUGCAAUGAAGUUCAAAUGUGUUCGGGACCCGAGAACGGCAAGUGGAUCAGAGGAAAAGAUUACCGCGAAGAAUGUCUUCUCAAAAUGCUUGGAGAGGAACAGCGACCUGCUCAUGGACAUCUACAGAUUCCGGUAUGAGAGGGUCGGGCAAAGCUUCAAGGUUCAACGGCCUUAUGUUUGUACCACCCAGCACCUGACCUUGAGCAAGGACAAGCCCCUUAAAGUGACCAAAUAG